UUGAACGCUGGAUCCUCGGAGGAUUGGAUGGCCUACGGGUCCAGCUUCGUUGGCAAGCUCUGGUCCAGUGAGGCAGUUGGCAACUCACACAUCCUGGAAAGACACUCUGGAACCGACCAUCAAACAAGCGCCGCCCCAGCUUUAGAUGAUGUGACUGGUUAGACGAUUCACGAUCAUGAUAGGGCGCACUCGUCAUGUUGUGUGGGAUUCGGUAAGAUUUUUUGUUGACGGAUGAAUCUGGUGGAUGCGCUGUGGCUUUGGAAGGCACGUUUCAGAGCCAUUACCAACGGCAGGUGCUGUGGACUAUAGUACAACGGCCAUGGACACUUCGACACCUCAGCUCUUUCCUCGUGAGAGACUGUCCGUCAAGACUGCAGGUGCGGUCUUGUCGUUGCCUCCUCCUCCUCCUCCCCCUCCCCCUCCUCCAUCUUGUCUUGCUCCCGUCUGGUUGAUGCUGGCAUCACCUUUCCCGUAAUAGUGACUGAUCAAACUCGCUGUCUUGGGCAAUACGUGGCUGGCCGACGUCUCUGUCCACGUCGCAAUGAAGUCAAAGUCCACGUCCACAUCCGAGCAGUCCUUGGAGCCCACCUGUUCCUUUACCUGGUUCGACUUUCUCUCCCGGCCAAACUCGAAACAAUAUGAGGAGCAGGUGCACGGGGAAAGGACCGAUGGCGUUGAACGUGAGAUGCGCAUCAUGUACCAGCAGCCUCACUUGGUUCCUCCCAUGAAGUUGACUCUCUUCGACCCUAUGCCGUCCACCCCGACACAUAUUCCACCCUCACAACUCUCACAGUGGGUUUCGAGUGGGAAAGCCUCCUUGAGGUCCAGUCUGUCCAUUCGACGCCAGGCUCCAGCGAGGCCAUCCAUCUCUAGCCCUCGUCCCCCUCUCCCAGAGAAUCAAGAUUUCCCUUUCCGCCGACCUCAGCACACAUACCGGCCUCUUGAGCUGAGCAUUUAUAUGGCUGAGAAUCGCCUCUCAGACUUGCCCGAGUUUGACAAAUUGAGCUUCACAGAUAAUGGCGAGAUCCAAUUGCCUCAACCAGCCAUUCUCAGGACAAAGUCGGAAGCAUUCAUGCACAGUCGAGUGUCGAGCCUCCCCGAAUACACCAAGCCAGCAUCCAUGAUUGAACCACGGCGCAUGUCUCGCUUCCGUCCUAACACGUCUUCUACUGUCAUCUCCAUGUCUCGGCCUCCAUCUGAAUACGAUGCCUUGCACUCUCAUCCAGUUUCAUGGGCAUCUCUGCCGGGCCUGCCUCCUGCCAUUCACAUGACUGGUCGAACGGACCCAUCAGUUGCCAUUUUGAGUCCAAUGCAGGAAGAGUUCAGCCCUCCGGCAACAUCAGUCGUGGUUGAUGGAGUAACUCUUGAGUUUCCGCAGGUGGAGAGCAAUCGGUCGUUGUCAUGCACCUACAACAUGGCUUCUCCGAGCCAACCCCAGACUGGCGCUACAACUACUCCAGCCAAAGGCCCCAAGAACUUCUCCAAGAUUGGGUUUGGUCAAGAAGGGGGAGCAGCCCCGGGCUAUUUCCACCCUAAUUAUCAAACUCAAAAGAGGAUAUCACAAUGGCUAUCACAUAAAGGGCAUUCCACGUCAGUCUCCACUGUCGCCACCGCCAAAACGUCGUCAUCGUCAUCGUCUUUCAGUGAAAAUCGGCGGAAGCGAGCUCAAUUCUAUCAGCUGUCCGCAGUUCCCCCUAAGCCGUUGAGUUUAUGGCCCAAGCAGCAUCAAAGGACCUUGACAGAAUCCACUGUGGCAAGCACCGCUGCUUCAGAUAUGCUUUCAUUUGAAGCCACAAGUCAGACGGAGACAACGCUUACCACACCAGUUGACAUGUAUAGUCGCAAUGGCACUGUCAAGAAUGUGUCAAAUGGGCUCCGGCCGAUCUUGAGUGGUAUCCCCGACGUACCACCGUGCUAUUCGGAUGCUGUCAAACAAGUGGACGGGGCCAAUGCCUUGAUCAAAGAAAUCGGAGGUCCUUUACGCAGUCCGGGUGUAGGAGUGGCGUUCUGAGCCAAGGUCGUCGACGAAUUGAACACAGGCAGGGCUUCUUUUUCUUUUCUUUUAAUGAUACCCCAAAGGUGAACCAGGCUUGGUCAAAUGCCGACGACCACAAAUACAAAAUGGGUUUUGAUUGCAGUCGAUUAGGGACUUGGGCAAGACUCAGGAAGAGACUUUGGAUUUCAGAAUACAUGGCACACGUUCGUUUUCUCAUUCGAGCUGGAAGAGGAGUGGAGCAGACCAAGGCAAUUACAACAGAGUACCAGAGCCUGUUUAUCGAGUAUAGUGGUCACUACUCCAGGUAUUCCAAAUAACAUUUAAUACUUAUACAUUCAAUUUGCC